GCUCACUGCCAGUCUUCCUCAACAAAAAGAGAAGGAUUGAUGGCAGAUGUUAGCUCAGGGCUAGUCGUCUUCUUCAAAAAAAAAAAAAGAAUGAGAAUGAUCUCGAGUGAAGUGUGGAGUGUUAAGAGAUGGAGCUGGACAGGUAGGAAGAUCAGAUCACACAGGAUCCUGUAGGCCAUGUUAGGGAUCUAAGACUUCCUCCUGAGAGCUAUAAGGAGCCACUGAUGAGUUUCAAGCAGUGGAAGGAUAUGAGCAAAUUUGAAGUUCUGAAGGACCACUCCAGUGGGGAAUGGGGAGAAGAAGGGAAGUCAGAAAGCUGGGAGACCAGCUGGGAGCUGAGCAGUGAAGCAGUAGAGACAAGAUGGCCCCCUGGAUUAGGAAUGGUGGCAGCGGGGAUGGAAAGAAGUGGAUUUGAGAGAGAUUAGGAGGUAAAGUCAGUGGGACUUGGUGAGAGGUUGGAUGUGGGAAUGAAGGAGGGGAGGCAUUAGGAUGACUGCCAAGGAUUUUGUUUGUAUUGACUGAAUGGGUAGAUAAAUGAGUAGAUGAGGGUACCAUUUCCCAGGCUGGACAACACAAGAGGAUAAGCUAUUUGGAAAGAGAUGACGAGCUCAGGUUUGAACAUAUUGUUUUAGUGCCUGUGGGACAUCCAAGAAAUUCUAAAGGCAGUGGGGUAUAUGUGUUUGGGUCUCAGGAGAGGGGUCUGGGCUACAGAUAAAGAUUUGAGAGUCACUGGGGUUGGGGUGGUAGUUGAAGGCAAGGGCAUGGAUGAGGAUAAUCUCAGGUGUUUGUAUAGCAUAAGAAGAGGGCCAAAGGCCAAACUCUGGGGGAAGGUUAAUUUUUCUUAAAGGACAGAGGAAGAGGAAUCCACAAAGGAGAUUGAGAAGGGCCAGCUAGAGAAGUAAGAGGAAAACAAGGAAAAUUAGUGCCAUGAGUCCCAGGGUGGGAGUGGCCAUGGGGAUGCAGGCUGCAGAAAACAAGUAAGAUCAUAAAGGAGAGGUGUCCAGUGGAUGCAGAGGAGUGGGGGGCACUGGCGACCUUGGCAAUAACUAACCCAAUGGAGUGGGGCUUGGGGGGAACCAGACUAGAAUGAAGACAGAGGGAACAAGGAUUAAAAUUAGGCAACUCUAAGAAUGUAGCUGUGAAGGGGAAGUGAGAGUGGCAGCUGGAGAGGUUUUUAAGAGCUGGAUGAGAGUGGUGGUUGGAGGAGUCACUCUCAAUCUCCCCAGUGUAGAAGGAAAGUGGGAAAGAGUAGAGCCAAAAGAAGGGCUUAGGGGAAAGUUGUGGAAGGAGGUGAUAAGGGCCUAUGUCCGGGAGGGAGACUGUUCUGCAGGUCACAGGAGUCCCUAUCAGGCUAGCAUUUCCUCUCAGUCCCCACCCCCUUCCUGCCUUCCCUGGAGCUGGAAGAGAGAAGAACCGAGUCACACCCUAGAAGAAGCCCUGUGCCUUCAGAGGUCUUCUGCCUGCCUGUCCCCAUGCCUCUCCUCUUCCUGCUGCUCCUGCUGCCAAGCCCUUCACACCCCGAAUCUAUCUGUGAGGUCUCCAAAGUGGCCAAGGUGGAAGUGAACUGUGAUAAUCGGAGGCUGAAGACGCUGCCUCCCGAUCUGCCAAAAGACACAGCUAUCCUCCACCUGGAUGAGAAUCCCCUGGGCAACUUCUCUACGUCCUCCGCGGUGUUUCUGACUCACCUCACUCAGCUGUACCUGGUUAAAUGCCAGCUGACCACGCUGACGACUGACAGUAUGCUGCCACUGCUGGAUACCCUGGAUAUCUCCCACAACCAGUUGAAACGCCUGCCCUUGCUAGGACAAGCACUGCCAGCACUCACUACCCUGGAUGUCUCCUUCAACCAGCUGACCUCCUUGUUUCCUCAUGACCUGAAUGGCCUGAGCAAACUCCAUGAGCUCUCCCUGCGUGGCAAUAAACUGAAGAGUCUGCCCCCUGAUCUAUUAAGGCCCACACCCCAGCUGAAGAAGCUCAAUCUGGCUGAGAACAGGUUGCAGGAGCUGCCCCCUGGGCUCCUGGAUGGGUUGGAGGACCUCGACACCCUCUACCUCCAACAGAACUGGCUGUACACAAUACCAAAGCGCUUCUUUGGGGACCUCAUCCUGCCUUUUGCUUUUCUCCACGACAACCCCUGGAAGUGCAACUGUGAGAUCCUCUAUUUCAAGCGCUGGCUGGAGGACAAUGAGAAGAAUGUCUACCUAUGGAAGAAUGGUACAGAUGUCAAGGCCAUGACCCCCAAUGUGGCAAGUGUGCAAUGUGACAACCAACCCGUCUACACCUACGCAGGGGAGGGCUGCCCCACCGCUGGUGAUGAGGACAUAGACUAUGAUGACUAUAGAGAGGAGGUGACGACCAUGAGGGGUAUGGUCAGCUUCUCUACCAACACUGAAGCCAAUACAACCCACCAAGGCCUACUCUACUUAGAACCUAGUGCUUCUCUACAGAGCCAAAUGCCCUACUUGCCCCCAGCUGAAGAGUCCACUAAGAAACAGACCACAUUCCCAUACAUCACAGAAUUCAUCAGAUUCUCCAAAAUGUCAAAACCCCCUACUGAACCCACCACAAUGCCGACCACCCCAGAGCCCACAACCCCAAGUACCCCAGAACCCACCACCACCCCCAGUACCCCCCAGACCACCCCCGCGCCCACCACCACCCCGACCACCCCAGAGCCCACCACCACGCCGACCACCCCAGAGCCCACCACCCCAGAGCCCACCUCAGUCACUACUAACUUAGAAUCCACAAAACCCAAGACCGAUAGCAACUCCUUGAUGGUCCUUGGGAUGGGUCAAGAGAAUUUGGAUAGCUCUAGAAAUGACCCUUUUCUCAACCCUGACUUUUGCUGCCUCCUCCCCUUGGGCUUCUACAUUUUGAGUUUCCUCUGGCUUCUCUUUGCCUCUGUGGUCCUCAUCCUGCUGCUGACCUGGGUCCAGCACGGGAAACCACAGGCCCUGGACUUUGGCCAGUCUGCUGCCCUGGCCACGGCCACACACACCACACAUCUGGAGCUGCAGAGGGGAAGGCAAGUGACUGUGCCCCAGGCCUGGCUGCUUUUCCUUCAAGGGUCACUCCCCACUUUCCGCUCCAGCCUUUUCCUGUGGGUACGGCCUAAUGGCCGCGUGGGGCCCCUGGUGGCAGGACGGCGGCCCUCUGCCCUGAGUCUGGGUCGUGGUCAGGACCUGCUGGGUACAGUGAGCAUUAGGUACUCCGGCCACAGCCUCUGAGGGGGGUGGUUUGGGGACCUUGAGAGAGGCUCUGAUGGGCUUUCCUACUAGGAUCUAGCUGGAGGGGGGGAGGCGCUGUGAGGGGGAAAGGAGCACAGGGUCAGUGGAAGGUCUUCAUUACUUUUCCUUCGUCAGAAGCCUCCUCUUCACACCACAGGCACACAACCCAGACCCACAAGUCAGGAGUAGUGAGAUGGAGUGGGGUGGCCCACAGAACCAAGCUCCCAAUGCCACAUGGUUUUGUUUUGUUUUUCCCCACUUUUGGGGUUACUACCCCAUCACUUUUGGGAAGUUUUAGGAAAAAGCAAAUAAAUAGAAUAGGGCGUGGUUCUGACAUGUAUCUGCAUUUUGAAGAAAACUUAGAAAGAGAUUUAUCAAGAUGUGAGCCCUGAUUCUCUGGGUAGGAUAGAUAUGGGUGGUUUUUCAUUUUCCUCUGCUUAGCAUUUUCUAGUUUUCCACCAUCGUGUAUUAUUGGUAUAAUAAAAAAUAAUUUAAAGAAGAAAAUUUGGUUUCUUUUGGAGAGGGAGAGUGGCUGGGGCACUGUCACCAGCAUCUCACAGCCCCAACUGCCCCCUGCAUGCCUUACGCUACUCGCCCAAACAGCUCUAGUCUGAGCCUGCACUUCCCCCACCUGGUGCCUCCUUCUCUCCUCCAGGGGUGACCACCCACCAGGCCACCCCAAGCUCCAGGUCCAGCUCAAGAACCAUGUUUCCCUGGAGCUUUGUGACAUUGCUGAGGCCUGCCUGCAGCCUGCAGCAUUAGGAGCGAAGGUGGGUGUCUGUUCACACUUGUGGCCUCAGAAAUGCAGCUCUCCUGCUCUGCCCAGGUCAGAAGGACAGAAGGGUGUGGGCCUGGUGGUGUGUGCCACCUUGGUGGGUUUUACUGAAUAGUCCUGGGUUUCCUGCUGUCAAGCUAGGACACAGACAAAUGGAACCCACUGCUCUCCAUUGUGCAAUAGAUUCUGCCAUUCCCUUUACCACGCUGGGUGGGGCUUUCUCUGCAAUCCAAGGACUGGGGCCCAGAGAAUGGGAGUGAAGCCUGAGCCUUUCUGGCUCCACAGACCCCCUCCUCCAGACGGUGUUGGAAGAACCUUCUUAUCUUGAAAACCUGACUGCAUCUCUCCCCUGCUUUGAACUCUUCUCCCGGUAGAGGACAAACUCUUGAGUUUGGCGAUCAAGGACUUCUGUGCACUGACCCCCACCUCACAGUUCAGCUUUGACAGACUUCACAACCUGUGCUCCAGCUAUUUCAAACUUUGCAUAGAUCACCUGUUCCCCAGCAUUUCUCCUCUAAGCCUCUGCUCUCAGAUCAGCCAGAAGUGCGGCCCCAUCCCCUUCCCCGACCAGCCUAACUGCUACUGUGCACAGGUCUCUCCUCCCCCAGGCUGGGCCAGGUGCUCCAAGUAAUGGUCUAUUGCUACACUCCCAGUUUCCCAACUGCUCCUGUGUCAUCUUCCCUUCUGGACCUGGAACUCCUUAAGAACAAGGUCCAGCCUCCAAGUGUCUCAAAGUGGCCACUGUGGCCCAGGCUAGCAUGUGCAAGGAGGGGGUAAGCAGAGACGCAGAGGUGGGAGGGCCCAGCAGGGACGCCAGGCGGCGAGGCACCACCUCCUCUUCUAUUGAGGAGGCCCUGCCAAGGGGGAAGCUCCCACCUGCUGCCUGCCUGUCCCCUGGCCUGGCUCAAGGCCUUCGGGCCUCCCGCUGCCCAGCCCUCCUUCCAGUUGACCUUCCCAUGCCCUUUUAUGCCCCAAGAGGCUGUUGGGCUCCUUGAGGGCAGGGCCUGGGAAUCACACAUCUCCUUCUAAAGAAACAGAUAAGGCAGAACUCCCCCCAGCCGGGGGCCCAGAUCAAGUCUCUAAUACCACCCUCGCUUUCCUCAAGCCUCCAGGCUUUGGGGUCCUGCCCCUGCAUUCCCACAGGCCGGCUUCCCCUCAGAGCCUCUUGAUUCCCUCCCUUCUCAGGCUGCAGAAGCAGUCACAACCCCAGAGGCUUUUUCCUGGGAGAACGUGAGCCGACUCAUGCAUCUGUCUGUGGCAAGUGGCUAGGAAGAAGCCCCCAGGGCCUGAG